CUGGUUGCUAUGGUCAAAAUGUCUCCUUAACGACGCAGCGGGUUGCCAGGGGCCUAACUAAAAACAUGGCAGAAACAGCUGAGAGCAAGAAGGACGAAGCAGACUACAAGAGACUGCACAGUUUCCCUCUGAUUAGGCAUACAGACAUGCCAGAGGAAAUGAGAGUGGAGACCAUGGAGCUGUGUGUUACAGCGUGUGAGAAAUUUGCCACCAAUAAUGAGAGCGCGGCUAAGAUGAUAAAGGAGUCGAUGGACAAGAAGUUUGGCAGCUCGUGGCACGUGGUGAUCGGAGAGGGCUUCGGCUUCGAGAUCACGCACGAGGUGAAGAACCUUCUCUACAUGUUCUUUGGGGGAAGUCUUGCUGUGUGUGUGUGGAAAUGCUCCUAACACACAUACACCCCCCUCCACGUACUUCAUAAAGCACAAACAACUACUAAAGACAAAUCUCCCAAUCUGAACUGUGGCACAUGCUCAGUCAAGCGCCAGUCAAGUUUUUCCUGUUCUAACUGGGGCUGCAACUAUCGAAUGUUUUCAUUUUCAAAUUUUAUCUCAAAUAUUCAAACGUUCUAUAGGAAUAAGGAAAGCGCAAGAUAAUUUUUCAUUUAAUUAUUAACAUGAAAUGUAUAAUUUUAUUAUUAUAGUUGAAAUGCUACAAGUUCAUGGAAAAACAUCACAGUUAAACAAUUAUUAUCAUAGCAAGUAGUAUACAAUGCAGUUCUGCAGGAUCCUACCCAAACCCAGCUCAGGUUGCUGAGAAUGUUUGACCGCGUCAGUGAUGUGCGGAGCAGGAGAGCAGAUGAAACAGUGUCUUUUUAACCACAUUGUCUUAUAAACUGAAAAUUUCUUUUUGGUCAACUUUUGUCAGUGAGCAAAAGGGUAACUAUGUUUUAGACCUUACGUAGGUUUUUAAGCAAUUCAAAAUGCUUUAUACAUGAGCAUGUGUCUUAUCUACUGGUGCAGUUUUAAUUUGUUUCUUACUGCUCCGGACGGACAGCUCGCUAACCAGCACGCUGCCAUUUAUUCUAGGAAAUAAAAGGGUUUUUUUCUCAUUUUCACUGGCUGCGUCUUUUGAGCUAGAACCACAAAACUUUGCAGGAUCGUAGAGCCUAUACAGGAAUAGUGUGCUUGCACUUUUGGGACCCUUCAUUCAAAUACAGUAUUUUCCUGUAGGAAAUGAAUGGUGGAAUGCACAAUAAAUAUAUACACACAUUAGCAACCACCUGGGACACCAUAUUAAUGGCCUAGCAGCAUUUUUGCAAUCUGGCAUACCAUAGCAGUGUCCUAGCAACACCUUAGAAACUGCAUUGGAUACCAUAGUAAAAGCCUAGCAACAUCUUAACAGCCACCUGGGAUACCAUAGCAACAGCCUAGCAACAUCUUAGCGACCAUCUGGGAUAUCAUAGCUACAGCCUAGCAACACCUUAAGAGCCACUUGGGAUUCCAUAGCAACAGCCUAGCAACAUCUUAACAACCACCUGGGAGACCGUAGCAACAGCCUAACAACACCUUAACAACUACUUGGGAUUCCAUAGCAACAGCCUAGUAACAUCUUAGGAACCACCUGGAAUCAUAUAGAAACACCUUAGCAGCCACCAGUGAUUUUAUAGCAGUUGCUUUUACAAGCCAAUUUAAAGUUUGUUCACGAAACAUCCCCCUUUAGUUCACGUUGCUUUUCUGUUUUUCAACAUUUCAAUUAUUGAAUUUAUCAAAUUUUAUUGAAUAUUUGUUGCAGCCCCAGUUCUAACAAGUCUAACUCAAAGUCCUUAGUAAGUUCAGUUCAUUAUGUUCACUUUAGAAUGAAUGCAUGAAACGGCAGUGCUCUGGAUGUUUGUGUACAGGUAUAUGCACUUCUGCAUCGUCAGCAUUGGGUUUACAGAAAUGCAUCAUUGGCACACACACUUGAUUAUUUUUCCUGGUGAAUAUGACAUUUCACGUUUUCUGGUUCUCCGUCCAACGACUCUCACUCUCUGUACUGCCAGACCAUCUGGAUAUUCAGCUCCGUCUCUGGUCAGCUGUCUCACUCACUUUGUUUUUCUCUCUCUCUCGCCCCCCACCCCCUCUCCAACUGUCCCCCCCUCCUUAUUAUCUGUCAAAUAUGUA